AUGCCUGGCCUGAUUGUGGAGGCAGAGAAUGCGAAGGGGAGGAAGUUGACGAAGAAUGAGAAGCGCCGAUUGAACAAGAAGGAAGCAAAGAAAGCUGUGAGUACACCCGACCCGCAAGAAGCCGACGCAAAUCACCCUCUCCAGCCCGUCGAGCCUACCAAAGAUGACCCCGUCCAAGACGUGCCCGACGUGGUCGACUUCGAUGGCCCGUUAGACGACCCGCUCUACUCACAAUUCGCCGAUGUCUUUGCCAAGUUCCGCGAGGAGAGCAAAGAAGAUCCCGCUUCGGAGGAGUCGGGCAAGCCGACAGUCUUUUACGACGACGACGACAACAUUCAGGGAGAAGAAGAGGAAGAGGAGACGCAGAAGCGAUUGUCGAAGAAGGCGCGCAAAGCUGCCGGCAAGCUCUCGAUUGCGGAACUCAAGGCUAUUGUGAAGAGGCCGGAUAUUGUGGAUUGGACGGACAUUUCUGCUUCUGACCCGAAACUGCUCGUCAACAUCAAGUGUGCCAGAAAUGUGGUUCCAGUGCCGACGCACUGGAGCUUGAAGCGGGAAUACCUGAGCUCCAAACGCGGAAUCGAAAAGGCAGGCUUCGCCUUGCCCAAGUUCAUCGCCGAAACGGGCAUCAGCGAGAUGCGCGAUGCGGUCCUGGAGAAGCAAGCCGAUGCGAGUCUGAAGCAGAGGCAGAGGGAGCGCGUGCAGCCAAAGAUGGGUAAGCUGGACAUUGACUACACAAAGCUGUACGAAGCCUUCUUCCGGCGGCAGACGAAGCCGGAGCUUACGGGAUAUGGAGAGGUGUACUACGAAGGCAAAGAGAGUGAGACGAAGCCUCGAAGCCAGCGGCCUGGAAAUCUAUCGGACGAGCUGAGGGAAGCGCUGAACAUGCCCCCGGGCGCACCUCCGCCCUGGUUGAUUAACAUGCAGAAAACCGGACCGCCGCCAAGCUACCCUGCAAUCAAGAUUCCCGGCUUGAACGCUCCUCCGCCCCCUGGUGCUAGCUGGGGCUUCCACCCGGGCGGGUUUGGAAAGCCGCCGACGGAUGAGGAGGGCAAACCACUCUGGGGAGGCGACAUCUUUGGAAACGGCGAGGAGAAGGCAGAGGAUGCGAAGAAGAAAGAUGACGAUGAAGCGGUGUACGUGGAGCCUGAAGUCGCCGACAAGAGUCUAUGGGGUGAACUGCAGCCGUUUGUGGAAGAGGAAGAGGUGGAGGAGGAUGAGGAUGAAGACGAGGAGGGAGACGAGAAAGAGGAAGACGACGACGCGGCGACGACUGGACUACAGACACCCUUUGGUGGCAUGGAAACUCCCGGCGGCAUUCAAAGCACAGUUCCCACCGACUUCGGAACGCAUAGCAUGGCGGAAGAGUUCAAUCUGCGCAAGGCUAGAAGAGGCACGGAAACGGAGGAGUCGCAUCAUCCCCGCGCCGCGGGACAGGUACUCAAAGAACGCAAUAUUCGCGCCGAAGGCUUCUUUGGAGGUGAGCGCGCAUACGAUCUCAACCAAGCUCGCCCCAACAGCAACUAUGCCAUUCUGGGCGAGAGGGAUGAGCGAGGGAGAAAGAGGAAGGCGGGCGAGGUGGAGGUGUCGCUUGAUGCUGAUGCGCUGGAGAGGGAUGACAAGCUGUCGAAAGAUGAGUUGCGCAGGCAGUACGAGUUGCAGCGGAGCCAAGAGGGUGUGGGUGGGUGGAAGGGAGUUGUGGAUCAGGAAGAUUUGAGUCAGAUGAUUGCGGAGGAGGGUGCGAAGAGGCAGAAGCGGGAUGCGGAGAGGGAGAAGCGGAGGCGGUGA